AUGUUGGCGCUUCGUGCUGCCCUUGAGGCCAAUAGCGGUCAGUUGUGUGGUGACAGUAUUGUGCGAGCCUUAUGCCAACUGACGGUACGUGACCUUGGGCAAUACAUAUCGGCAGUACCUCCUUUUCCGCAGGAGGGCGGUAGUUCCACCGCACCAUCAUCUGUUGUGACCGCCUUUUCCCUUCACGACCUCCUUCAUUUCCCCGGCCCCACGAUUUGGAACAGUAGUUCCUUGGGUAAACGUCGUGUUGGUUGCGCUACCCUUUACGAAACGGAUAGCGUUCACGUUAGUUGGUUUCUCAUGUCCCCUGGAAGCAUGUUGCCACUUCAUGAUCACUGUUUAAUGGUUGUUUGGCAGCGCAUGCUGUUCGGUAGUAUUCGUGUUACGUCAAUGGACUGGAGGGAAAAACCUCUAAGUGCCGAAGACGCCAUACGGAAGCAGCGUGAAGGUGGUGAAGCGGCUAUUGUUUCUUCUUCUGUUGUUACUGCGCAGCGUGAACCCUGCGACCCUUCUUCAGUGACGUCUUUCGGGCCAACAGAGGGCGGUGUGCUGCAUGAAAUAGUGAAUGAAAGUGACGGACCUGCACUUUUCUUGGACGUCAUAGCACCUCCGUAUCAUAGCCCGCCAGAUUUUUUCGACUGCGGCUACUAUAAGGCAUCCUUUAGCCACAGCGAAGUUGCCGGGGGGGUUGCUCACUUGACGCCGUGUGCUUAUGAUUGUCCACCAAUGGUCGAGUUUUUUCCGUUAGAGUCCCUGCGGCACGGAGCAUAA